AUGGGCCAGUCCACCUCAACUCCGCUGUCCCUCACCUUGGAUCAUUGGAAAGAGGUCAGGACUAGGGCUCACGAUCAGUCCAUGGAGGUUAAAAAGGGCCCGUGGCAGACCUUCUGUAGUUCUGAGUGGCCGACUUUUGGGGUCGGCUGGCCCCCCGAAGGAGCUUUUAAUCUGUCUCUUAUCUAUGCUGUUAGAAAUAUUACUUUUCAGGAGCAGGGAGGCCACCCGGACCAGAUACCUCACAUAGUUACCUGGCAGAACUUGGUCCAAUUUCCUCCCCCUUGGGUCAAACCCUGGACUCCUGGACCAAAAGGAGCUAUUGUGGCGGUCGCGGAGUCUGGACCUCCCGCUGAUUCGCCGCAUUCGAUUCCUUCAGCGCCAUCAAAGAUAUAUCCUCAGAUUGAAGACCCUCUCUGGCUGGACUCUCAGACCCUUCCCCCUCCGUACCCACAACCCCAGAUUCCGCCGCAAUCGGCUCCCCCAGUGGAACCACGGGCUGGAACUGGGGCCAUGGGACCGGCGGGAGGCACCAGGAGCCAGCGGGGUCGGAGCCCCGAGGGGGACCCAGGGCCAGAUUCCAACGUUGCGCUCCCCCUCCGGGUGCAUGUGGGAGGACCAGCCCCAGCUGAUCCUAAUGCGCUUGUUCCUCUCCAAUACUGGCCUUUCUCUUCCUCAGAUCUCUAUAAUUGAAAAACUAACCACCCCCCUUUCUCCGAAAACCCCGCAGGAUUAACAGGUCUUUUAGAGUCCCUGAUGUUCUCUCAUCAGCCCACCUGGGACGACUGCCAACAACUGUUACAGGUCCUCUUUACAACGGAAGAACAUGAAAGGAUCCUGUUAGAAGCCAGAAAGAACGUCCUGGGGAACGAUGGGACCCCCACUAACCUCCCCAACCUCAUUGACGAGGCCUUUCCCUUGACACGCCCUAAUUGGGACUACAACAUGGCAGAAGGUAGGGAGCGUCUCCUGAUCUACCGCCGGACUCUAGUGGCGGGUCUCAAGGGAGCCGCAAGGCGGCCCACUAAUUUGGCCAAGGUAAGAGAAGUCCUUCAGGGUCCUGCUGAACCGCCCUCAGUCUUCUUAGAACGACUAAUGGAAGCCUAUAGGAGGUACACCCCCUUUGACCCUUCGUCAGAGGGACAGCAGGCAGCAGUAGCUAUGGCCUUUAUUGGCCAGUCAGCCUCAGACAUUAAAAAGAAGUUGCAGAGGCUUGAGGGCCUUCAGGAUUAUACUUUACAAGAUCUGGUAAAAGAGGCAAAAAAAGUGUACCAUAAGAGGGAGACAGAGGAAGAGAAGCUGGAGAGAGAGAAAAAAGAGGCUGAGGAGAGAGAAAACCGACGUGAUCGCCGACAAGAGAGAAAUUUGACUAGAAUUUUGGCCGCAGUAGUAGGAGAAGGAAAGGGAGGACAGUCAGGGUACCUGGGCAACAGGGCCAGAAGACCACAAGGAGGACAGCGCGCCCCACUUGGAAAAGACCAGUGUGCCUACUGUAAGGAGACAGGACAUUGGGCUAAAGAUUGCCCAAAGAAGAAGUCAAAGAAACCCAAAGUACUAACUUUAGAAGAAGAAGACUAGGAAAGUCGGGGCUCAGCCCCCCUCCCUGAGCCUAGGGUAACACUCUCUGUGGAGGGGACACCUGUCAAUUUUCUGAUCAACACGGGAGCAGAACAUUCAGUAUUGACUAACCCUUUAGGAAAAUUAAAAGAAAAAAGAACAAUAGUAAUGGGGGCCACUGGCAGCAAAUUGUACCCCUGGACCACCAAAAGAGUUUUAAAUGUUGGAAAAAGUCAAGUAGCUCACUCCUUUCUGGUGAUUCCCGAGUGCCCGGCGCCCCUUUUGGGCCGUGAUCUACUAACCAAGCUCAAGGCCCUGGUCCAGUUUACGCCUGAUGGCCCAGAAGUUACUUGGGGGCAUGACCCAGGCCCUGUGGCAUGUUUAGUUCUAAAUCUAGAAGAAGAGUACCGCUUACAUGAACAAAAAAUUAAAGCUUUACCAGACUCAGAAUGGCUAACUGCCUUCCCUGGGGUCUGGGCCGAGCAGGCAGGAAUGGGCCUGGCCAAACAGAUACCGCCUGUGGUGGUGGAGCUAAAAGCUGCGGCCACUCCCGUUUCGGUCAGGCAAUACCCAAUGAGCAAAGAAGCCAAAGAAGGCAUUCGACCUCACAUCCAAAGACUGUUAAGGCAGGGGAUUCUGGUCCCUUGCCAGUCUCCGUGGAACACUCCUCUUCUGCCGGUCCGGAAGCCAGGGACAAACGAUUACCGACUGGUGCAAGACCUAAGAGAAGUUAACAAACGGGUGCAGGACAUCCAUCCUACUGUCCCUAACCCUUAUAACUUGUUGAGUUCAUUACCACCAGAAAGAAGUUGGUACUCGGUGCUGGAUCUCAAAGAUGCUUUCUUCUGCCUCCGGCUGCAUCCCAGCAGCCAGCCACUGUUCGCCUUUGAGUGGAGGGACCCAGAAGGAGGACACACAGGACAACUAACCUGGACCAGACUGCCACAAGGAUUUAAAAAUUCGCCCACCCUUUUUGAUGAAGCCCUCCACCGAGAUCUUGCACCCUUCCGGGCCAACAAUCCCCAGGUAUCCCUUCUUCAGUAUGUAGAUGAUCUACUUCUCGCUGCUCGAACCCGCGAGGCAUGCCUAAAGGGGACCAAAAAGCUCCUGUCCGAAUUAGGUGAGUUGGGGUACCGGGUUUCGGCCAAAAAGGCCCAACUAUGCAAGACUGAAGUCACCUACCUGGGGUACAUUCUCCGGGAUGGUAAACGGUGGCUUACUGAAGCUCGGAAAAAGACUGUAAUGCAGAUCCCGACCCCGACCUCCCCGCGGCAGGUACGUGAAUUUUUGGGAACGGUGGGAUUCUGUAGACUAUGGAUACCUGGGUUUGCAACCUUGGCAGCCCCCCUAUAUCCAUUGACCAAAGAAGGACUUCCCUUUGUCUGGACUGGAGACCACCAGAAGGCGUUUGAUACUAUCAAAAGGGCUCUCCUAGAGGCCCCGGCUCUGACCCUGCCAGAUUUAACUAAGCCCUUCACCCUGUAUGUUGACGAGCGGGCCGGAGUGGCCCGGGGAGUUUUGACACAGGAACUAGGACCGUGGCAGCGACCGGUGGCCUACUUGUCAAAGAAGCUAGACCCUGUGGCUAGCGGAUGGCCAACUUGCUUAAAAGCCAUAGCGGCGGUAGCAUUGCUCGUCAAGGACGCUGAUAAGCUCACCAUGGGACAGCAUGUGACCAUUGUUGCCCCCCAUGCUUUAGAGAGCAUUAUCAGACAACCCCCGGAUCGAUGGAUGACCAAUGCUAGGAUGACCCAUUACCAAAGCCUGUUGCUGCAUGAUCGGGUAACGUUUGCGCCCCCCGCCAUCUUAAACCCCGCCAUGCUUCUGCCACUGGAGGGAGACCCUGCUCCUGUUCACAGGUGUGUCGACAUCUUAGCAGAAGAGACUGGAACAAGAAGAGACUUGUCCGAUCGACCCUGGUCAGGGGUACCGAACUGGUACACUGAUGGCAGCAGCUUUGUGGUGGAGGGAAAAAGAAAGGCGGGGGCGGCGGUGGUAGAUGGGAAACAGACGAUCUGGACAAGUGGCCUCCCGAAGGGCACCUCAGCCCAAAAAGCUGAGCUUAUAGCAUUGACACAGGCCCUACGUCUAGCGGAAGGCAAGACCGUUAACAUCUAUAAGGACAGCCGCUAUGCAUUUGCCACCGCCCAUGUCCAUGGAGCCAUAUAUAGGCAAAGAGGCCUACUCACCUCAGCAGGAAAAGAUAUUAAAAACAAAGAAGAAAUUCUGGCACUCUUAGAGGCCAUACAUUUACCAAAAAAGGUAGCUAUUAUACACUGCCCCGGGCAUCAGAAGGGGACAGACCCGGCCGCUCAAGGGAAUCGGAUGGCUGAUGCUGCUGCGAAACAGGCAGCCCAGGGGGCAAUGGUCCUGAUCGAAAAGACUAGUUCCAAAAAGGGAGCGCCUACACCGGAACCUGAAAGGUAUGACAUCCAAGAAUUACUAUGGACAAGUAAUCCUCUUCCCUAUUUCUUUCCAGGAAAAAUUAAAUUGACCCCCGAAGAGGGCCAAGAAUUUAUAAAAGGAUUACAUCAGUUCACCCAUUUAGGGACUGACAAAAUGAUAAAGUUAAUACAGGGUAACUCUAGAUUUCAGAUCCCAGAGCUAAAAAAGGUCGCACAAAAAGUGGUCAGUAGAUGUCGGGCUUGUGCUUUUACUAAUGCUACAAAAUCAUAUACAGAACCAGGAAAGAGACAGCGAGGAGACCGUCCAGGAGUAUAUUGGGAAGUAGACUUUACUGAAAUUAAACCAGGGAUGUACGGCAACAAGUAUCUGCUGGUAUUUAUAGACACUUUUUCAGGAUGGGUUGAAGCUUUUCCCACCAAAUCAGAAACUGCUCAAAUAGUGGCAAAGAAGAUCCUAGAAGAAAUCCUGCCCCGAUUUGGAGUACCUAAGGUAAUAGGGUCUGACAAUGGACCUGCCUUCGUUGCCCAGGUAAGUCAGGGGCUGGCCACACAGUUGGGCGUCAAUUGGAAAUUACAUUGUGCAUACCACCCACAAAGUUCAGGACAGGUAGAAAGAAUGAAUAGGACCAUCAAAGAGACCUUGACAAAAUUGGCCAUCGAGACCGGCGGAAAAGACUGGGUGGCCCUCCUUCCCUUUGCCCUCCUCCGGGUCCGAAGCACACCUGGACGCUUCGAACUCACCCCUUUUGAGAUUCUUUACGGGGGACCGCCCCCCUUGACAGAGACUGGCGGGACAUUGGUUCCCGAUACAGGCUCUACCUUACCUUCCGUUUUGCUUGCUCAUUUAAAGGCUCUAGAGGUGAUCAGGAACCAGAUCUGGGACCAGAUCAAAGAAGCCUAUGCCCCAGGGACCACCGCAGUGCCCCACGGGUUCCAGGUUGGUGAUCGCGUCCUGGUCAGACGACAUCGAGCCGGCAGCCUUGAGCCUCGGUGGAAGGGGCCCUACCUGGUGUUAUUGACAACUCCCACCGCAGUAAAAGUAGACGGAAUAGCAGCCUGGAUACACGCCUCGCAUAUCAAGAGAGCCCCUGCUCAAGAUGAAGACAGCCAAACAGAUAAAUGGACUGUGGUGCCUACUGGUAAUCCUCUUAAGCUGCGCCUCCACUUCCUGAUCCCUUAUUCUAUACAUAACCUAUGUUGCUGUGUAGACUAUAGCUUUCUUAUCAAUGUCUUAACUGCUAACACCCAAAUAUAA